AUGGCCGCUUCGGAUCCGAUGUGGUGGCGUGACGAACGCUAUGCCAUUUAUGAUCUCAAUGUGAAUUCUGCUGCUGCGUACCCUCAACACAACGAAGUCCUUGAUCUUGCGACGGCUGGGGAAUCCUACACCGCCAAGGGGUAUGCAUAUGCUGGAGGAGGCCGAAGAGUCACUAGAGUCGAGAUCUCGCUGAACAAAGGCAAAUCUUGGCGUUUGGCGAACAUUCAGUAUGCUGAAGACAGGUACCGCGACUUUGAUGGCGAAUUGUUCGGCGGCAAAGUCGACAUGCCCUGGCGUGAAUCAUGUUACUGCUGGUGUUUCUGGUCUCUGGAUAUUCCUGUGUCCGAUCUGGAAGCUAGCGAUGCCCUGCUAGUGAGAGGUAUGGAUGAAGCGAUGAGCGUCCAACCGCGCGACAUGUACUGGUCCGUUCUCGGAAUGAUGAACAAUCCUUGGUUCCGAGUAACGAUCACAAAACAGAAUGGGACCUUGUUGUUCGAACACCCCACGCACCCUGUCAUGGCUGGCGGUUGGAUGGAACGCGUCAAAAAGGCUGGCGGCGAUCUGACCAACGGCAACUGGGGAGAGAGACAAGAAGGGGAAACAUUGGUAGAACCUCAACCUGUGAAGGAAAUCAACAUGAAGAAGGAAGGCUUGAAUCGGAUUAUCAGUCUCGAAGAGUUCAAGAAAAGCAAUGAGGAGGGCGCGCAUUGGUUUAUAGUGAAGGGGGAAGUGUAUGACGGAAAGCCGUUCCUUGAAGGUCACCCGGGAGGAGCACAGAGCAUCGUCUCUUCCAUCGGGUUGGAUGUGACUGAGGAUUUUUCCGAAAUCCAUAGCGAGACGGCGAAAGCAAUGAUGCCCAACUAUCACAUCGGCACAAUGGAGGAGGCGUCCCUGAAGGCGCUCAAAGAAGCCGGCAAAAGAGAAGAGCCCAGCGAGCCUCGUGCACUCUUCCUCCAACCACGGUCAUGGACGAAGGCGAAACUUGCAGCAAAGCGGGAUGUCUCCUGGGAUACACGCAUCUUCACUUUCGAACUGGAACACCAGAAGCAAAAGCUGGGCCUGCCGAUUGGACAACAUAUGAUGAUCAAGGUCCAGGAUCCCACAACGAAAGAAACUAUCAUUCGAUCAUACACCCCGCUCUCCGAUCCCAGCAAAGAGGGGUCAGUUGAUGUGCUCAUCAAGGUGUACUUCCCAACGCCAACCGUACCCGGUGGAAAAAUGACACUGGCCCUCGACCAGCUUCCCCUGGGCUCAAUGAUCGAGUGUAAAGGCCCUACAGGCCGGUUCGAGUAUCUCGGAAACGGCAGGGUUAUCAUCAGCGGUAAGGAGCGGCGCGUACGCUCCUUCAAGAUGAUUUGCGGCGGUACUGGUAUCACCCCGAUCUUUCAAGUUCUCCGCGCAGUGAUGCAAGACCCUCAAGAUCCCACAUCGUGCGUUGUCCUCUUUGGGAACAGACAAGAGGAGGAUAUCCUGUGUCGAGCCGAGCUCGAUGCAAUUGAGGCGUCAGAUAAGAACAAGUGCGCGAUUGUACAUACUCUCAGCAAAGCACCAGACACGUGGACUGGCCGGAGGGGACGUAUCGGUGAAGCACUUCUGAAGGAGUUUGCCGCGCCUGACGAUGAGAGCAUGGUACUCAUCUGCGGGCCUGAGCCGAUGGAAAAUUCUGCCAAGACGAUCCUUUUAGCCCAAGGGUGGAAAGAGUCCAAUCUCCAUUUCUUCUAG